AUGCCCGCAUCAAAGGGGAUCUGGGACCAUAAGAAGGACAAGCAGCUUCUAAUCGCAAUCGACGAUACCAAGCCAGGCGUGGAUUGGUCGGCCGUUAGCAAGAAGAUGGACUGCUCAUACAGCGCGUUGAGAAAUCACUUGGGACGGGUCCGCAAAGAGCUGGAAAAUGAAGAGAACGAAGCCAGUCCGCAGAAAACCAAUUCCAAGAAGGCUGCUCCGAAUAAGGCUGCUCCAAAGCAGACCAUGACCAAGGCUAGCAAGGUCGAAAAGUCCGACAACGAGGCUUCUGCCGAAGAGAGCGAGAAUGAGUAG